UUCCAGGAUUGGCUGCCCCUUCACAACCAUGAGAUAAUUAAAACUGGUGGGGGGGGGGGCGGGUUAAAAAAACUUUUUUAUCAGUCAGAGGUUAAUGCAAGUGUUUAGCAGAUGCUUUACUAUUAAAUUAUCCGCCACCCCCCCCCCCCAAGUCUCAAAUCUUGAAGAAUCUCAAACCAGGGACACCAGCCCCGGCGACGACGACCCUGGGCGACUGCAAAGCGCAGGCAACCUCGAUUCCCCGAAUUGGUGGAGUGGCCGGCAUCGGUGUCCCCCUGGUUUCACUGGCCUGUUUGAAGGUGCAGAUCAUUCUCCGGGAAGUACAGCUGAAACCAGUCCUCCUCUGCCCUCUGGGGGCCUUCAUUUUCCCAGUCUACAUCUGCUUGUGACUCCAGAAAGACAGACUUCAGAUUGGCCAAGGCCCAGUUUAAAUGCCGCCUCCUCCAGGAAGCCUGUCCAGCCUCCUGGAGCCCCGGCCCGACGGCGAGGGGCCGCGCGGCGGCGGACCGCACCACUGGCCUCGGUGCCCCGAGCCGAGCCGCCCGCUGCUCCGCGGAGGUGGCGGGGCCCUCAGGCCUCCCGGGACCUGGGCGCCGGGGGGUGAUGCGGGCUGCGGCGGCCGCCGGGAAAGCUGGGGUGGGGGUGGCAGGGGCGCGGCCGCCCCCUGCAUCCCGGUUAAGUUAUCCUUUUGAUCCCCACCCACCUGUCGGUGCCCGGCACCGGUGAGGCCGGUGCCCCGCAGCUCGGACCGGGGGGAGGUCGCCGCGCCCGGGCGGGAUGGACCCCCCAGCUCCCCCUAGCUGGUCUCCGAGGACUUUCCGCCCGACGCGGGCAGGAAGGGGUUAACCGCGCCCUUUUCCCUCCCCCGCAUACCUCCCCCCCCUUCGCCCCCCGCCCCAAUCCGGAGCCCUCGGCCGCGGGGCGAAGGCCGCCGCUCCCUCCCGAGGUCUCAUUAGGGAAACCCUCACCGCUAUUUGCAACAUUUCCUCAAUCAAGUGCCUUUAAAUAGAGCUGCACAAACAAAUUGGCGGCAAAAGCGUAGAUCUUGUCACGAUUGAGACCGAUCCAAUAGUUCAGCCUUGUUUGCUUUGCAAUUACGGGUUGGCUUGUGGCUGCGGUGCCAUCGGGGCAGACCUGCAGCCGCGCGCCCGCUCCCCUGCACCCUGGGCGGCGGCGGAGGCGGAGGCGCCCCGCGGAGCCGCUGCCGGGAGGAGGUGGCGGCGGGAGAGGCGGGAGGGCGGGAGGGCGGCGGGGCGCGCCCUGCACCCGCGUGCAGAGGGCGCGAGCGGCGCGGAGAAGACGGACUCCCCGGCUCUUGGCGGAGCCCCUGGGAUGUACGCGGCAGUCAUCAACUGUGCAAGGCGCUCGCAUCCUCUCUCCGCUCUUCCUUGUCCCCUCACUUCCAUCUCCAUUACAUUUUUCUGCAGUAUUUGUUAGCGGUUACUGCUCCCCCCUUCUUUCCCGCUGUUAAACUGCUAGCGUGAUUUGUUACGUUUUCCAUAGCUGCUUAUUCUUGUUUGACUUUUUGUACAGAGUCACUUUAAAUCUGCUGCAGGGAGCACGAAGCUCCCAGCCCUGAGGAUGGGCUCCCGCCGGCCGAGGCUGCCCCCACUGCUCUCCCUCAAUUCCUGCACGGUGGCUCUUUUGUGUAAAUCUGCUCCGGGCGCGUUCGGUCACCGCGCAGGCCAGCCUAGUUUCUAUCAGCAGAACAGUAGUUAACUCACAUCAGGUCCUAAGCCUUGUAUUUCACAGACAAUUAAAUCUUGGCUGCUGUUUAACAAAAUUGUAAUAUUUACUCUGCUCAGUACCGAGGAGCACUUUUAAAGUCAAAAACAAAUACAUUUCAAAAAGAAAAUAUGAUAAUAAAUCUCUUUUUAUGGAUUUUCUCUGCAGAAGUGGAAACAACGUGAUUUAAAUCCUCACGCCCGCACCCCCCUCUCAGGCAUAGCUGAGGUUACACAGAUACUGUCUUUUAACGCACCGUCUUCGUGUCUGGGGCGGGGCGGGGUGGGGGGGAGGCACCUGCAUUUGUUAUAUUCAAUUUAGUUUUUAAGAUUUCACACUGCACCCUAACCCGUAUCUGCAAAAGCAACAAGGAUUUUGGAAUAAUUAGGUCUGGGAUAUGAACCUUAUUUUUCACACUGAUUCAGGAAAGGUGGGCAUGGCUUGGGUCAUUAUUUUACGAUUUCAUAUUACCUUAUAAAUGACUACCCAUUUUUCUCUCAUGUUGACUUCUGAUGGAGGUGAGAAAGUUGAGGCAGAGAAAUAUUUUUAUGAGACUCUGGGGUACAUAUUAAAAUAUGGUUCUUUAUUAUUUAAAAAUGUGGAGUUGUGGAUGGCCCUGCAUUUGUUUGCUGGCGGUCAUAAAAUAAAUUCAUAGCUGUUCUAGUCAAUUAACAAUCUCUUUUAAGUUUUACAUUUUUUUUGGGGGGGGGGUGUUUAUUAUCCCACCUGGAUUGUAGCUUCAUUCUUCUGGAUUACACUCCUAUUGUAACAUUUUGGCUCUCAAUUUUAUUUAAAGCAAACCUCUGAAAUAAUGGUUUCAUAAAAUUGUGCAAUGUCAAAGCCACAGAAUAAUAUUUCAUGUUCAUAUGUCAUGCACACCCAUGAAUAUCUUUCAAGAAAUAGGAAGCAGUAGCUAGAAAAGGUACCAUUUCAUGAGAAUUCUCUCUUCACCAAAAAAAUUGGUCUGGCAUAUUAUGCAAUGCACAAAUUAUAAUAUUACUUUCAUGUGUGUUAAUCUGUUUAGUAUUAAAACUGCUAGUGUCUUAAUCAUUAACAUGUUUUACCACACUACUUUCAAAUGGGUGAUCUCAGAUAAUUAUGAAGAUUUUGAUGUUAAUCUCAUGUUAAGUGAACAACUAUGAAAAUAACCUUAGAGCAUUAUUAUUCUUAUAUAAACGCCAACAAACACAAUUGUAAAGGGAACACGAUUACUUUUUAUCUGGCAUUAUCCUAUAAGGAUAUGGCUACAUUCAUUUCUCUUAAAAUCAGAGCAGUUUUCAAUUACUUUUUAACAAUUUUUUUUCAAGACAGCAUUUUGCAGUAUCUGUAAACCACAACAACUUUGUACUGACAGAUACAUAUUUUUUUCAACAUUUAUCCAUUAGCUUCUCUGCAAACUCACUAAAAUAGAAUAAUAUACAAAAAUAUCAAAAUAUAGAGAACAAUUAUUAGGUUCUACAUAUUUAUUUAGGUAAGCCAAUGUUAUUAAAAUUAAAAACAUGUGCCUGGCAUAUAAAUGUUUCUUUAAGAAUUCUUUUUUGGAUGCACAGUUAUUAUUUUUUAAACCAACUCAGAUUUUCAAGUACUGAUUUUUCUCUCUAAACAGGCAUUGCAUUGUUUUAAACAGUAGCUCCUGGAACAGUACCACUCUUAGUAUUUUAGACUUCCAAACAACAAUUGGAAUUGGAUAAAUGCUUUCAGCUGGGAGCACUUUCUUAAUACCUUUGUAGGUAAUAGGAUUCCCUAUUUGUGUGGAGUGACAAAUGGACAGUGUGGUGGACAGACUGCUUACCCUUUACAGAAUCUAUCAGAAAAUGGCGUUUUUUUUCUAUGAGAUUGUUUGUGGUCCAUCUAAAAGAAAUUCUGUUCAAAUGUGAAAUCAGGGAAAAUGAGUGAGUGCUUUUUCUAACUACAGUUAUGAAGUGACGACUGAAAGAAGAGGAUGAAAAAUAUAAGACAGAAGGAAUGCAGAAACAUAAAAUCUGAAAAAGACAAUUUCCUUAGGCAGGAUCUGGCUCUUUGUCUAUAAACAGGAGAGUGAUGAAUUGGAUCCAUAUAGUCAGAGUUGUUUUUGUUUUCUUCAAUCCAGUGAUUUUUAAAAUAGAUUUUUCACUAGAUGAAGAAGCCCAAACAAGGAAAUAUAUUUAAAUUCUUGAAUAUGGGAAAAUGGUAGCUUCCAUGAUUUUUACGUAUUAGUUUAAAAUAUAAUGAAUUUUAGGGGUGCCUGGGUGGCUCAUUUGGUUGAGUGCCUUCAGCUCAGGACAUGAUCUCCAGGUCCUGGGAUCGAGUCCCAAGUCUGGCUCCCUGCUGAGUGGGGAGUCUGCUUCUCCCUCUCUCUCUCUCUGUGCUCUUCCUCCUUCUGUCAUACACUCUUUCACAUAAAUAAAUAAAAUCUUAAAAAAUAUAUAAUGACUUUUAAUCCAUUGUACCAUUGUCCUUUCUAAAUGAGUACAUGUCAAAAAAGAACCUCAUGAUAAAUGAAUACAUGUCAACAAGCAAUGAAUUUUCAAACCAGUGAAGUAUAUCCAUGAGAUAAUUUACGUAAACUCUGACUUGCUGAGAAAAAAAUUAAAAAAACAACUUUUUUCAGGAACACACCAGGGAACUUUGUUAUUAUUCUGGGAUAAAUAAAGCAAGAAACUGCCUCCUUCCAUUCCUAGUAAUUCUUUUGGUUUUUCCAAACAUUGUUAAGUUCUAUGCGUCUUUUGCUAUUCAAGUAAAGAUGAUGUCAGCAAUAAAAUUACAGAAUCUAA